CUUUAAAAUUAUAUCAUUUAAGUUGAUGUUCUUUUAUAAGAUACCUGCUAGUUUAUUUGGGAAGGAGAAUAUAGAGAAUUUAUUACACAUCAAUUUGUAAAUGGUUUAGUAAUUAUUUUACAGAAACAUAAAACGUUGUGAAAAUAAAUUAUAACGAGGUGACCGAUAAGAGAAGUAAGAAGCAAUUAUAUCCCACUCUUCCGCAUAGACAUAUGUUCUUUACAACUAAAAAGUCUUUUCAUAUCCACUGUUGACGAUAUUCCUAUAAAGGGGUUGGCGAAAGUUGUCGUCAAUUUUUCAGUGUUUCGCUCUUACAACUAUGAGGUUUUUGUCGUGCCUAUUAAUAUUUCUCUCCUUUUAUCAAGUUCAAACUGGUGUUGUCAGACGAGAUAUUAAUGAUACUAGUGCAAACAGACCUCCAGGAACAGGAGGACCUCAAACAACCGCUUUGCAAAAAACAUUGCAAGGUCUCAUAGAAAUAUGUGAAAAAAUUCCAGUCAUUGGUGGAGGGCUAAAGAUUAUUUUGCAGAAGGUGGUCUUUGUCAUUAUCCAGAUAGAACUUAUAACAAAUGGAUCAGUUGCUCGAUUACUGGGAGGUGCACUGCCCUGCGUAAUUAGCCUUUCUAAUGGUAUUCGUUGCAGUGGAAUUAGUCAAAAUGGCGGAAUCACACAGCUUAUUAUCAAUGACAUUGACUGGUUGCCAAAUUUACUAGUGCCUGUACUUGGGAAAGAAAUCUUAAAAUUUAUCAUCAAAGGUGUUUUGAAUCCAAUUAUAGAUGUUACAUUUGGAGGACAAAGAGAAUUCAAGCCUUCUUAAAUUUAGUUUUUUAAAUCAAUAAGUUUGAAAAAAGAAAACUUAUUUUUUGUUCUAGUAAUAAAAGAAUAAUGAAAUUUUA